GUGGCGAGUGCAGGCAUGUCAGAGGUGGGCUCUACUUGUUUUUCUGAGCCCAGUGGCCACCUGCCCGUCCUGUCCGUAUCUGAGCUGCUAGCAGGCGUCACUCUGGAAGAGGCUUAUCCCGGUGCCCAAAGCAGUGCCAAGACAGACUCGCAGGCCAGUGAUGAUGAAGCUGUCAGUGAGGUGCUGAGUCAGUACAGCAGUGCCAGCGAAGGUGCCAGCCUGGCAGAGGAGGGCACAGGGAGUGAGGCAGUGGAUGAACAAGCCCAGGAGGAGGAAGCAGAGGACAAGUUGAAGGAGUACAUGGAGAGCAUCCUGGACAAGAGUGCCAAGACACGCCAAGUGGCCCUGAAGAGCCUGCGUCUGGCCUUCUCCUCCAGAACUCUCACUGAGUUCUUGCUAGAGCGUCGCCUCACACUCACCGACUCCCUGGAGAGGUGUCUCAAGAAAGGUAAAGGGGAAGAACAGACACUGGCAGGCACCGUCCUCACCCUCCUCUGCCUCCAGAUGGGCUCUGGCCCUGAGGGCGAAGAGGUAUUUCGCAGCUUGAAGCCCCUGCUCGUCAGCAUCCUGAUGGACAGCACAGCCAGUCCUAUUGCUCGGCAGAGCUGUGCCACAGCCCUGGGCAUGUGUUGCUACAUAGCUGCUGCUGAUCUAGAGGACCUGCUGUCAUGUCUGUCCUGCUUAGAGGGUAUCUUCAACACCCCCAGUGUGGGCGAGGGCAGCUCAGUGCCUGUGCAACAUGGCCCUCUGCACUGCAGUGCCCUCCAGUCGUGGUCCCUGCUUCUCACCAUCUGCCCCACCUCUCACAUCAAGAGUAUUUUGGACAAUCACUGGCUCAAGCUGCCCUUGCUGCUGUCCAGCAACAGUAUUGCGCUGCGUGUCGUGGUUGGAGAAACCAUCGCGCUGGUCUUUGAGCUAGCCCAGGACAUGGAGGAGGACUUGUGCCACCAGGACACCGAGUUCCUGCGUGCCCAGCUCAAACUCCUGGCCACAGAGAGCAACAAGUAUCGGGCCAAGACAGACCGGCGGAAACAGCGUUUUGUCUUCCGGGACAUCCUGCAUUUCAUUGAGAGUGGGGAGUAUCAGGAGGAGACUAUCCGAUUUGGCCUGGAGUGUAUGUAUGUGGACAGCUGGGCACGUCGGCGAACAUACCAAGCCUUCAAAGAGGUGCUGGGCUCUGGCAUCCGCCACCACCUUCAGAACAAUGAGCUGCUACGGGAGAUCUUUGGCCUUGGGCCCCCAUUGGUGCUGGAUGCAGCUACUCUGAAAACCAGCAAGGUGUCUCGCUUUGAGAAGUGGGAAGGCCCUGUGCUCCUGCUGUGGCGCUGUGCAUCUGGUACUAUCCUGCCUGUUUUAGAGGGGCUGACUCUUCUUAGACAGGAACCUGCACCUCUACAAUUCGGCUGCCUUCAAAGCCCGCACAAAAGCCCGGAACCGGGUGCGGGACAAGCGGGCGGACGUGCUGUGAUGGCCAGAGUGGAGCAAUGCCCUCUGGCCCAUGUGGACUGCAGACCCAGCACUGUGAGGGGCAGGUGCCCCUGGUCCUUGGGCUUUUAUACAUGUACAGCAGAGUAUUUAAUGGCUGGUGCUGCCCCUCUGGGGGUUGCCUCCUCUUUUAUUUUUUUUAACCAAAAUAAGAAGAGAAGGGUGAAAGAAAAGUGAAGGGAAGAGGCUGGAGGGUGCUGUUGCUUGCCUGCUCUGUGCCAAGGGGGACUGCUGCUCCAUGUGGCAGGGUGGGAGAGGGUGUCACAAGGUUACUGCAGCCCAUUUUGGAAGCAAGGUUUAUGGGGGGGCUCCCUCAUUCAUGCCCCCCCUUCCCAGUCCUGCGUAAGUAUAGGGGUUGCCCAUCAUGGCCAGAGAAGCUGGCUGGGGAGAGCCCUGCAUAGUGCCAUGGCCUUGUGGGAGGACAGAGCUGGGUUCCUCCAGGGUGAGAGUGGGGAGGAAUGCCCAAGCUACACCAGGUGGGCUAGGAGAAUUGUGCUUUCUGCCCACUAGGCAGAGCUGUGGGAUGGCUGGCCCGGCUGUGCAUGCCCACCAGUAUGUCUGCAGCGGGAGCACUGCCUCAGUUCCUUGCUGUCACACUGUGCAUAGCCCAUACAGCUGGUAAUAACAUGGCACCCAAGGGUGGUUGCUGAAUGGCAUGGAUUCCUGGGGGCUGGUGGGCACUGCCCAGCCCUGCCAAUUUACUGCUAUGAACCCUUUUCUAGCCCAAUUCUUUGUAUAAAAGUAGCCCUUUUGUGGGAAACAAAUUAUGGGUGUAGGUGGUGCAGCGGGCACCUCCCUGCGUUGCCUGUGCCUCCCUGAGGGGCCAGGCUGGGUACCACUCCUGGGGGGCACCUGUUCUGCCUAUCCUCAGCAGGGGCUGCCACAGGGCCUCAGCAUCGAAGGCUGCAGGUGGCAUGACUUCCCAUGUGGUAGGAAUGCGGUCAUGCCAGCUGGGAGUUUCUGACCACCCUGGAAUGUAUUUAUGGUGGUGAUUUUAUAAGAUUUGAUUACUGGAGGUAAUUAAAAGGCUGAUUGGA